CGUUCCGCCUCACUCUUCGGCGGGGGCGGGGCCACGCGCCCCGUAGCCAUGAGGCUCACAGGCUCCCGGCUCGCGGGAUUCUUGCUACUGCUCCUGAGAGGCUGCCGACGCGCGCGGCGCCGAGGAGGAGAAAUAGGAGGAUUCCGUGGGGUCCCAAAGCGAGCCCUCUCCCUGGAAGAUGGCGAGGGCAGCAGCAGUACCGGGGAGGUGUCCGAAGCCCUUCUGUCCCUGUGUCGGAGGAGGCACUUCCUCCGGGACCAGGACCAGGGGCCCACCACCUGGGGUUCUUACCUGAGGGGAAACCACCGCGGCUUCGGGCCCCUCGGGGUGGCUCUGAGGCAGAACCUGGCGGCGCAGUGGUGGGGCUCGGAAGCCGCCUCCAGGGAGCGCGUGCUAGGCCUCGGCGCCAGGGCCUCGCGCCCUCCAAGUGUCGCCGCUUCGCCGGGGACUCCAAGCCAGGCCCUCCGAGCGGUGGCCCCCGCAGCCCUUCGCCAGGCCGCGGAGGGAGGCCCCGCCCUCCAGAAGACGCUGGCCGCCUCGGACACUCUGCGCGAGGACCUCCUCCACGGUGUCCUAGAACAUUAUGUCGAAUGCUUGGAAUUGGUAAACAAGAGACUGCCUUUUGGGGCUGCGCAAAUAGGAACGUGUUUCCAUGCAGUAGCAACAAAUGAAAAAGAGAAUAAUGUGAGAACAGGUGAAAGGAUGAUGUCCAUCCUGGUGUGGUACAGCUCUGGCAGAACUGCUGGACAGUGGCUUGACUACUGGUUACGGCAGCGCCUUCAAUGGUGGAGAAAGUUUGCAAUAUGUCCCUCCAAUUUCAGCAGUAGUCAUCAUCAUGAUGAAGAAGGAAGGAGAGGAAGCAAUCUGUAUUACAGCUUUCCAUGGGGAAAGGAACUGAUAGAAACUCUGCGGAGCUUAGGAGAUAAUGAGCUGUUAAAAAUGUAUCCAGGAAAAGGAUCACAACUGCAUGGUCGAGAUGGGAGGAAGAGUAUGGUCCCCCAUAUCCUGUCUGUGAGUGGCAAUUUGGACAGUGGAGUGUUAGCCUAUCUUUUUGAUGGCUUCCAGUUGGGUGAAAAUGCUGUGACCCGAAAGAAAACGCAGCAGAGAAAGGUCCUUAAGCUCCAUCCAUCUUUGACACCCAUCAAAGUAGCUCUGGAUGUGGCAAGAGGCCCAACAACAGAGUUGAGACAGGUGUGCCAGGGAUUGUUCAGUGAACUGUUAGAAAAUGGGAUUUCUGUUUGGCCUGGAUAUCUGGAAACAAUGCCGUUGACAUUGGAGCAGCUUUAUACAAAAUACGAUGAAAUGAGUAUUCUCUUCACCAUCCUGGUCAGUGAAGCCACACUAGAGAAUGGUGUUGUCCAACUGAGGAACAGGAACACUACCAUGAAAGAAAUGAUGCAUAUAUCUAGAUUAAAGGACUUCUUAACCAAGUACAUAUCAGCAGCUAAAAAUGUCUGAGCAAUAAUAAAGACCAUUUUGUAUCUUC